GUAUUUAUAUCUUUUUUUAGACAUUCAGCCCUGAUGGCCGCUGGCUGGUUACCGUGGCGAUGGACUGCACCAUUCGUACCUGGGACCUCCCCUCUGGAUGUCUCGUCAACUGUUUCCUGGUUGCCAUGGCGCCGGUGAGCGUGUCCUUUUCCCCGACCGGAGACUUCCUGGCGACGGCUCACGUUGACAGUCUGGGCGUUUACCUCUGGACCAAUAAGAGUCUGUGUGGGCCCGUGGGGCUCCGCCCCCUCCCAGCUGACUACCAGCCAGUUGAGGAGACGCUGCCGGGGGUCACGGCGGACGUGUCGGAACAGGACGUGACAUCAGAGGAGGCUGAUGAUGCGUACCAGUCAGCCGAGCAGUUGGGGGCGGAGCUUGUGACUCUAUCUCUGCUGCCGGAGUCUCGGUGGAAAAGUCUGCUUCACCUGGACAACAUCAAGAGGAGGAAUAAACCUGCAACGCCACCUGGUGCUCCGGCUGCUGCCCCGUUCUUCCUGCCAACACUUCCUGGUCUCACGCCGCGAUUCAAGGCGCCCACGCCAACCGAACAGGAAACACAGGUACAGCAGCUGCUUCUACUUCCUGUUUCCUCCUGCAGGCUGAAUGUUUCUCUGUUCACGUCCUGA